UGUAAAUGCAUCAUAAACAGACAGCCCAGAAUGAAGAAAGCAAGCAGGAGUGUUGGCUCAGUGCCCAAAGUGCCUGGAGUAAAUAAAACUCAAACAACUGAAAAAGUCAAACCAGAAAACGGCUCCUCUGUGUCGGCAGUAACAAAACUCUCCAAAACCGGGACAUCAUCAUCUCUUUUGAAGACCAAGAGUAAUGAUGACCUCUUAGCGGGGAUGGCUGGUGGCGGUGGAGUGGCAAUGACCAAUGGUGUCAAGGCAAAGAAGAGCACUUGUGUAUCAUCAACAGCAUCUUCAGCUUCAGGGACAACCAUGAAUAGUCUGGAAAAUAAACCCAAAACUAUUGCAGGUACAAGUUCCACAACUAAGCGUAGCACAUCAGCUGGAAAUAAAGAGUCAAGCUCUUCUAGAGAAAGAAUACGCGAUCGUUCUCGUUUAAGCCAGAGCAAAAAGCUGCCUUUGGCUGGACAGGGGACCAACGAUACGGUACUGGCAAAACGCUCCCGUAGUCGCACCAAUCCGGAAUCGGAUAUUCGGAUGAGCAAGUCCAAAUCGGAUAAUCAAAUCAGCGACAAAGCUGCAUUGGAAGCAAAGGUGAACGAUCUUUUGACAUUAGCAAAAACUAAAGAUGUGGAAAUCUUGCAUCUGAGGAAUGAACUAAGGGAUAUGCGUGCUCAGCUGGGACUCAAUGAAGAUCAGCUUGAAGGUGACGAAAAAUCUGAGGAAAAAGAGGCUGUUGUUGUCCAUCAGCCAACUGAUGUAGAGUCUACGUUGCUACAGUUACAGGAGCAGAACACUGCCAUCCGAGAGGAGCUCAACCAGCUGAAGAAUGAGAAUCGAAUGUUAAAAGACAGACUAAAUGCAUUAGGCUUUUCUUUGGAACAAAGGCUGGACAACUCUGAAAAACUCUUUGGCUAUCAGUCUUUGAGUCCAGAGAUAACAGCUGGCAACCACAGUGAUGGUGGUGGCACUCUGACAUCUUCAGUGGAAGGUUCUGCUCCGGGAUCAAUGGAAGACUUGUUAAGUCAGGAUGAAAACACUUUGAUGGACAACCAACAUAGUAAUUCCAUGGAUAAUUUAGACAGUGAGUGCAGUGAAGUUUAUCAGCCGCUGACAUCAAGCGAUGAUGCCUUAGAUGCUCCGUCAUCUUCGGAAUCUGAAGGUGUACCAAGUAUAGAAAGAUCUAGGAAGGGAAGCAGUGGCAAUGCAAGUGAAGUGUCUGUAGCUUGUCUGACAGAACGGAUACAUCAGAUGGAAGAAAAUCAACACAGUACGGCUGAAGAGCUCCAAGCCACACUUCAAGAGCUUGCAGAUUUGCAACAAAUAACACAAGAGCUAAACAGUGAGAAUGAAAGACUUGGAGAGGAAAAAGUAAUCCUUAUGGAAUCUUUGUGCCAGCAAAGUGACAAGUUAGAACACUUCAGCCGUCAGAUUGAGUAUUUUCGGUCCCUUUUAGAUGAACACCAUAUUUCAUAUGUUAUUGAUGAGGAUAUGAAAAGUGGUCGCUACAUGGAGUUAGAGCAACGCUAUAUGGACCUUGCAGAGAACGCUCGGUUUGAGCGAGAGCAGCUGUUAGGUGUUCAGCAGCACUUGAGCAACACUUUGAAGAUGGCAGAGCAAGACAACAAGGAGGCCCAAGAAAUGAUAGGGGCAUUAAAAGAACGAAAUCACCACAUGGAACGGAUUAUUGAGUCAGAGCAGAAAAGCAAAACAGCGAUAGCAUCUACCUUAGAGGAGUACAAAGCCACAGUAGCCAGUGACCAGAUUGAGAUGAACAGGCUGAAAGCUCAGUUAGAGCAUGAAAAGCAGAAAGUGGCUGAGCUGUAUUCUAUACACAACUCUGGAGAUAAAUCAGAUAUACAAGAUUUGCUGGAGAGUGUCAGGCUGGAUAAAGAAAAAGCGGAGACGUUGGCCAGCGGUCUGCAAGAAGAGCUGGCACACACUCGCAAUGAUGCCAAUCGUCUGCAGGAUGCCAUUGCUAAGGUUGAAGACGAAUAUCGAGUGUUCCAAGAAGAAGCCAAGAAACAAAUUGAGGAUCUCAAUGUGACUCUAGAGAAACUUCGGGCAGAACUAGAUGAAAAAGAGACUGAGAGAAGUGACAUGAAAGAAACUAUCUUUGAGUUGGAGGAUGAAGUAGAGCAGCAUCGUGCUGUGAAGCUUCAUGACAAUCUCAUCAUAUCGGACUUGGAGA